GCGCAGAGAAGCAAAAGUCAGCGCGAUACGUCAAUACGUCAUAAACCGUUAGCCGUUAGCUUAUAUGGAAAAAAGCGCGCGAUGCAAUAUUUUUUUUUUGUGUACGCCGCAAAAUGUAUGAAUGAAUUUACCAAAGAACUGCCUGCGUGCCAUUUAAAUAAAAAGCAGUAAAUAAAUUGUGCAAGAAAACCAAAAAACAAAAAAACAUUUGAAGACCUCAAAACAACUCAUAAAGAUCUUUGAUCAAUUGAGGGGGGCGAGCAUCCGGAUUUGGUCACGAUGCUACCGCAGCAGUAUUGUCUGCGAUGGAAAUACCAUCAUAGCAAUCUACAGACGAUGUUCUCGCAGCUGCUGGACCGUGGAUGCUUCUGUGAUGUGACAUUAGCCUGUGAGGGACAAUUGAUACGGGCCCAUCGUGUUGUCCUUUGUGCCUGCAGCACCUUCUUCGACUCGGUACUGUCGAACUAUGCCAGUGAACGGGAUCCCAUUAUUAUUAUGAAGGAUGUGACUUUUGCCGAGGUCAAGUGUCUCAUCGAGUUCAUGUACAAGGGUGAAAUAAAUGUGGAGCAUGCAAGUUUGCCCUCCUUGCUGAAGACCGCCGAUGAUCUCAAAAUUAAGGGUCUAGCCGAGGUCACCUGGCGCGACGAUGAGGAUGGACCGCCACCACCGAUGGCCGCCGCCGAGUUCCAUUCGCCGCCGCGCAGCCUCGCCGAGAGCUAUGCCCAGGACAUGCUGCUGCAACAUCAGCAGCAACACCAGCAGCAGACGGCCCAGCAUCUGCAGAUGCAGUCAAAGCUCAGCUCCGAUCGCGAUCAUGAGCGCCAUUCACCAGCAGCCCUGGUGGAGAAUGCACUCGGCUUAACAGCCGGUGUUCGUAUGCCAACAUUGACGCCCCUACCGAGUCACAACACCAGUUUGGAGUGCCCAGCGCCAGUUGAUCCCUAUUUGGGACCGAAGCGUAAGCGUGGUCGUCCGCCACUGGAUGACACAUACGAUGUAUUCAAUGUACGCAAACUGGUUCAAUAUGCCGCAAAUUUGGAACCGGCACAGCGGGCGUUUUUGGAGUCUGGGCGUGUCUACGCUGAGGCGCCGCAGUCUAGCGCACAUUCCGCCACAUUGUCCUCGCCACCCGCCGCCUGCCCGCCCAAGCAGCGUCAGCGUCUGCGUCAGCAGCAACAGCAACAGCAACAACAACAGCAGCAGCAGAGGCAGUUAGAGACGUCUCUAACGGAGUCCGUGGAGGGUGAGCAGGAUGUGGCACCAGAUUGGCGAAACGGCGCUGCCGAUGUGACGCCCACGCUGAGCGAUGGGGGCAAGCUCAAAACAGAGCUAGACUUGAGCAACGAUGGGAGUAAUGAACCGGCAGCGGCAACAGCAACAGUAGCAGCAGCGGCAACAGCAACAUCGUCCAUGCCGCUCACAAACACCGUCAAGAAACAGGAGAAGUCGCAGGAACGACGUGAACGUCAUGGAAAACUGCGUCAUGCCACUCGUCGGCUGUACGGGGAGCGUGAAAAGUCCACCGAGAAGACGUCGCGAGCACAGCAGCAGCAGCAGCAACAACAACAGCUGCCGGCAGAGCUGGAGGAGGAACAGGUGGAUGUGGAGCAGCAGCAAACGUUGUCACAGCCGGUCGAUGAGAUUGAGAAUGAGCAUUUGGUGGCCAAUCGUGUCGAAUCGCCGCGUUCCACGGCUCUGUUGCCCGCCAGCUUUGCGGGCAAGUAUGCACCGGAUGGAGAUGCCACAACAUCUGGUUACUUGAUGAACGAUCAUGGCAUGCUCUUGGCCCACGAUUUUGCACCUAGUGUUGCGGCGGCUGCGGCAGCUGCAGCGGCAGCAGCUGUUGUUGUUGCCACAGCAAAUGGCAGCAAUCAGACAGCAGGUGGCGGAGCAGGAGCAGGAGGAGGAGGUGGUGGUGGUGGUGGUGCUGGUAGUGAUCAUAGCGGUGCAGCUGGGGACUAUGCUGAGGUCAAGCUGGAAGAUUACGAUGCGGCCGAGUUGCGUCUAACCAAUGAGGAGCUAUCGCAGUGGCAGGAUGUCAUCAAAAUGGAUGACUAUUUGGCCAAGGGGCGCCGUCCGCAAUUUUGGGAGGAGCCGUUCACCAAGCGCGUACUCGAUGCCAUCAAGAACAAAAGACUUGAAAUGAAGAAAGCCGCACGCAUCUUGGGCGUCUCCUAUGGCACACUCUAUGGUCGCUAUCGCGAGGUCUAUGGUUGCCUCAAGCAUCCAUAUAGCGGCACCACAUUUCGCAAUUCCGUCGCCGUUUCCGCCUCCUCCGCAGCCAGUCAGUUGGCGGUGCAGCCGCGCUUCGAUCUGAGUUUCCGCAGUAGCAGCGUGUUGCCGGCACAGCUGGAAUUGGGUAAGCUGCGACAGAAGGACCUAAGCGAGCUCUGGACACGUCCGCAGAUAUGAAAACCAACGAAAAAGUUGCAAAAUCUCAAACGUCGUCACAGAUUGAUCUAGGCGUUAAAUCUAAGCUUAAGUUACAGCAGAAUUUUAUAGAAUAGCCUAUACAUACAUCUAUAUAUAUA